AUGCGUUGGUGCUCGCUCACCCCGUCGCUGUGCAAGUGGUCCUUGGCCCGGAGCUCCGGUUAUGUGUCUUGGAGGCAUCGCCAGCACGCCAGGAAGCCGGCAUCGAGCAGGCUGUGGAUUCAGAGAGGCAAAAUCUACUACAGCUUGACGGUGAACAUCGGGGUUGGAUCCGUAUGGCCUUGCGAUUUGGCCUUCUGCUCUUGCUCCAGCCUCAUAGUCCUAGCCCAAGGAGUUGCAAGCUAUGCCGCUGAAACCUUCACUGGUUCCCGAAGAAGACUUCUGGAGCUCGGGGCUGGUUGCGGGAUGGUUUCACUUGCCGCGGCACAGUUGGGCUUUGAAGUGCUUUCCACCGAUUUCCGAUCAUCGCCACUAUGCCUGGUGGCUGCAUCUGCGAGGCGGCAGGAUCUCAGCAAGCGAGUCCACACGCGCUUGCUGGAUAUUUGCGAUCUCUCCACACCUCUACCUCCGGCCGACGUUGUCGUCGCCGCAGAUGUCCUUUACGAUGCCAGAACAGCAAAGGCCAUGGCGGAGCGGGUGGCGGAAGCGCACCUGCGUGGAAGUGUUGUUCUGCUAGCAGAUGUUGGCCGCCCAAACCGAAGGCUUUUUCUCAGUCGACUGCUGCAGCUGCUUCCAAGUCUUGCUAAGCGGCUGCCAGGAUUUGACUUCCCCAUUGAAGGGCUGGCUGUACAAGAGACGGAUGGUGCAGAGGUGGAGCAUCGCCACGUGCCCGUGCAGAGAUUCCAUUCGACGGCCCCGCCGCCGAAAAGGUCCGUGCUCAAUUCCCAGUACCGGGCACAGAUUCUGGCGUUGCAGUGGCUGUGCCAGCUGCGCAUUGUACAUUGCCUUAUGGCUCCAAAGAAGAGUGCGAAACGAGUGAUUCAAGUGCCAGAAGAGGACGAGCCGCCGGCCAAGAAACUCCUCACUUCACUCAAGAGGCACGGUAUCAAGGAAUCUACAUAUCGCCAUGUAGCAGACGUGUUCUCUCAUUCCGCAGCUGCACAUUUAUCGCAGGAUUGCAAGGACAUGUUCAUGGCUGCACUCCCUUUCAGUCUACUGAUGGCAUCGGACGAGAGGAAUACCUUCCAAGAAACCGUCGUGGGACUGGUGGACAAGGUGGUGACCGAGAUGCUGGCUGGCAUGCAGGAGUCGCUUGACAAAGCGAACGAGAAGCUGCAGUUAAUGGAUGCGGAAAAGGCACGACUUGAUGAAGCAAUUCAGUUAGCGGAGGACCAGCUGAAGGCCGCGCAGGCCUGCGCUUGUGAGAAGCGGGCUGUGGUUACUGCCGCCUCUGCUGCUGUUUCAGCCGCGCAGGAGAAGCUGAGUGCGGCCAAAGAAGCCGAAGCAGCUGGACAGCGAGCGAGACAAGCUGCGUCUGAUGACAAGGUCAUGCUCCAGCAAGCUGUGAGUACUGGGUGCUUCUCGAGGCUCAAGGCUGGCGAGUGGGAGGAUGGUGAAGCAGAGCGGCUCUUCAGUUCACUCGAGCCGCUGGUGCUGAAGAAGCUGAAGACCGACUCAUCUUUGCGAACGGCAAUGCGAUGUACUCUUCUGAAGAAGCCGGUGAACCGCGGGCAGUUCGAUGCCAUGCUGCUUGAGGAGCUCGAAAGAGCCUUUUCGGCGCGAAUCUCGGAGCUUGAGUCGAACCUUUCUGAAGAGGGUGCCGUGACAGCAGAGCUCGCAGAGAAUGUGGCUACAGCAAAUGCUGAAGUGGAGACUGCGAUGGCCUCGCAGCAGCAGGCAUCCGCUGCGCUGUCCUCAUCCUCCUCUGAGGAGAAGAUGCGGGCUGCUGCCCUGCAAGCGGCCAAGGUGACUCUGCAGGAGUUCAAGCCGAAGCAUGCUCAGGCAUGCAGCGGAAGGAAUGCUGAGCAGCAGCAGAUGCAGCAAUUUGUGGACAAAAAUGUCGCUGCAUUUCAAGAGCUCAAGGACAGGGUGUCUAUCAAGUCGGAGAAGGAGAUGGCCACUGGGAAGGAGCUCCAGGCCAAUCCGACAUCCGUGUUGGGCUGUGAAGCUGGCCCUGAGGCCAUGCGUGGUUCCGAAAUGCCGCAAGUUAGUGAGACUCUCGUUCCUGACAGGUGGGUGGCGCAUAAUUACCGAGAAAUGAGCAAAGCCGUCCGAUUCCCACAGCCACGGGGUGAAGGCUGCCGGGAGCAGCAACUUGCGAGACUUGGGAGGACGUUGCCAAGACAGCACGUGCGACAAUCAUACUGUUUUUGA